AUGGAAUACUCUCUGCAUCCAGUCAACAGUAAAUCCCUUCUAUUCCAUUGGAUGGUCCUGACUGUUCUUCUCUUCAGCUUGUCUGAAGCAGACCGUAGGAACUUUCAGCAGGGAAAGGAAGAGAGAGAGGAGGAAUCAGAUGUCCUGAUUGAAUUGGAGGAAUUGGUGGAGGUGGACAGCGUGGGUUUCAACCUCGAGAUAACCCGGACAUAUGAGCACUCGGGUCGAACCCGAGAAGUUGAAAAUGACCCCAUAUCCGAGGUUGAACAAAUACAAAUACCAAGCUACCCUGGUCAAGACCAGUUAGUUGACGGGAGCCAGGAAACGGGCACCGGAGGAACCGUCUUGGUAGCAUGGAAUAGCCAUUUUCAUAUAGACCGGACCAGUCAGAAACUGUUUGGCCACCAGGCCGCUUCCCUUGAAAACAUCCUAACAGCAGAUGUCGGGGUUAUCCCCAAAGUAAAGGUUCAAGUGGUCGGUGGAGUAAUGGUUUAUUGCGAUCCGGAAAGCUACCCCACCAGUAUAAGACGUCAAAAGAAAGGGUUUGGAGCUGCAGUGGGUAUACACCCCAAAAAGGUGCAGUUUUUUCCGCAGUCCAAAUUCGAGGAGCUCAGGAACCUCCUGAGGUUAAAAACAGUAGUUGCCCUGGGUGAGAUCGGUUUAGACCGAUGUGCCCCGAAUCCACUUGGAAACUACAAGAGGAGAUCUUAA